GCACGACAGUUCAGUGCCUACCGCAGUUCUGAUUCAAACUCCGGGCCGUUAACAUUUACGUUGGGUUGUUAGAACUCUCGGAGCGGGCGCGUGGUGCAUAACCGUAGAUUUAACGGGCGCUGUCAAAGUAGCAGAAGAACUUCGUCACACUUGUUCUAUUAAGCCCGUAUGGCAAACACCCCAUGAUCAGCUAAAUUCUAGUAGGUACCAAAUCCAGCAUAAAAAUGACAAAAGGCGACCCACUUCUGGUCCGCUACAAGGACUCUGUCUAUGAUUUGUCUGACUUUGCCCACAAACACCCCGGAGGGCUUAACACACUGAAAGGUCUGCAUCAACAGGACAUGCAGGAACGGUUCGAGAAGGCACCGGGUCACUCGGAGGCCGCAAAAUACCUUAUGAAGGAGUACAAAAUCUGUGAUAAAAACAAUAAUGCAAUCGAUGGCAAAUCCAAUGGCCUCAAACAUGGUGCUAACGGAACGAAACACGCCAACGGAGUCAUUCCACAGACGACCGACGACAGCAUGGAGCACCUCGUGAAUUGGAACAAACCCAUGCUGGUUCAGAUACCAACGCUCGGCAAACACUACGUGGACUGGGUCAAUAAACCGGUUGACCGAGAAUUGCGCCUUUUUGGACCAGCUUUACUGGAGAACCUCACCAAAACCCCCUGGUGGUUAGUGCCCGCAUUUUGGAUCCCAGCCAUCGGCUACAUCAUUCACCUGGGCGUAAAAUACAACCUGUCCAAACGACCCGAUGAACUGACCCUCGGAGACCAUCUCUCGCCGAUCAUUCUCGGUUGUCUAUGUUUCGGAGUGCUGAUUUGGACCCUGCUAGAGUAUUCCCUGCACCGAUGGGUGUUCCAUCUGGACCCGAAGAAUAAUCGAUUCCUGCACGUGUUCCAUUUUUUGCUGCAUGGACUUCAUCACAAAGUGCCGUUCGAUCCGUAUCGAUUGGUAUUCCCACCGGUUCCAGCAGUGCUGCUGGCCACAUUCUUCUACCAACCGGUGCGAUUACUGCUUCCCUACCCACAGCUGAUGCUGGCCGGUGGAUUGAUUGGAUACCUCGCGUACGACAUGAUUCACUACUACAUUCACUACGGAAGCCCGAAUGGUGGUCACUUGUAUCAUAUGAAGCGAUACCAUUAUCAGCAUCACUUCGUGCAUCAUGAUCUGGGCUUCGGCAUCAGCAGCACCAUGUGGGACAAGAUAUUCGGCACACCGAUUCUUCUGCGGAAGCUAAAAUAUCUUCUCAAAUGGUAGACAAGGAAGCAAUUUGAACCCUUUCUGUUCAAGUCAUGCAGCAGCACCAAAUUAAGUAAUAUCAAGUACUUACCUACUUAAGCAGUUAAAACUAGUCUUAGAUUUUUCAACAAGAAAAAAAAAAUACUUUAUUGCAAUCAAAAUGUUGUAAAGCAAAAUAAAUGUAUUUCGUUUCUA